UCCUUCAUUGUUUAGAUGCAUUUCUGCAACGAAAUAAAAGUUGUCUUUAUUUUUCAUGUUUGAAAUUGUUUCAUCGUAAUAUUGUAAGAUAUGAAUGUAUUUUCAUUUAAUUCCCAACCUUAAAGUGUUGUAUAACGAAAGGAACGCGUCGAAAACUGUAAUAUUUCAUUGUUUACAUCACCAUUAGCAACGGUGGAUGAAUAGUUAACCAACCAAUCAACAGUCAUUGAUAUCAACAGUGGGAUUAAUAUGACAUAAUUCUUGAAAGGAAUGGCUGUAUACUUUGACAAUCGUAUUCAGAGUACAACCACUUCAAAUACAGAUCUCUUAUGGCAUGAUUCAUAUCCAUUACUUGCUGUUGCCUCUAAUAACUCAUCUGAUAAUGGUGGAUCUGUUAAUUUCUACUUGGAUGAGGGUGAGUUGCUGGAAGAGUCGUAUCUUAACAGACCAUCAUCUCAAGCAACAUCAAUGUCAUGGCAUCCUGUUCGUAAGAUCAUUGCUGUAGGAUGGACAAAUGGAGAGUUACUUAUAUGGAAUGAACAUGAACGAGACUUGCAUGAAGUAUACAGUAUCCAUAAGAGUAAAAUUAACACAGUCAGGUGGAGUUCUAAUGGACAGCGACUUGUUUCUGGAGAUCAGGAAGGUUUGCUGGGAAUCUGGAAAGCAGAUUCAAAAGGCAGGUUAUCUCAAGCACCUCUUUAUCAACACGACUGUGGCUCUUCUAUAACCUACUGUUUAUUUAAGCCUCUACUGGUGCAAGAAAAUCCUGUUGAUAUAGUUGGGCUGGCAAGAGCUGCUGUUAAUGGGGAUGAAAAAGCUCUGGAUCUUUUCUCAUCUGCAAAAGGAAAAAAACAAUCCUCAAAUCAACUUGUUAAUUCAUUUUUCUUUGGCACUGCUGAUGGAAGUGUUUUCUUUGUUGAUGACAAGGGUCAUACUACAACAUCCUUUGCAGUUGAUGGAUCUGUUAGAACUUUGUUAUAUUAUGAAGGAAAAGAAAUCUUGAUCACAGUAACAGAAAAUAUGAUGCUUACACAACAUUCUGUUGCAAUGGAUGGAAACAUUAAUGAAAUAAUGAAGGUGAAGAUCACUGCUGGUUCAGGAAGUCGCUAUAUUGUAUGGGCAGGUCAAGGAGUGUUAGCAACUGCCUCAGGAGAAACUGUUUUAAGAAUGUUGGACAUAAAUCACAAUGAGAAUUAUGUUUUGAGUCUUGAAAGUGCUGGUUAUGAACCAGGGGAAUGUAUAACAUGUAUUGCAUAUUCCUCAUUUAAAGGCAUUCUUGCUGGAGGAACUAAUCUUGGUAAAAUAGCGAUGUGGCAUUCACUGAAGAAUAAGACAGGAGCUGAUAUUGAUGGAGAAAAGAAAUGGGAAAUAUCGUCACCAUCAGUUAUACAAGAACAUGUUUUCCAAUUGCAGUGGGGUGGUGGCAAGGGUCUUCUUGGUGCUAAUGUUGGAUCAUCAGUUGUAAUCUUGAAAGAACAAGUUAUGAACUUUCAUUUCAAUAAUUUGGUGGGAGCAAUACAAAUAUCACCAAGCCAGUUAACCAUUGAAAAUUUUGCUACUGAUUAUUGUCAUGAUCUUAAAACAGAUAUACAUAUCAAAGGUGCAUACAUACUCAAGGAUCAUGUUGUGGUAUGGGAUGGUAAACGUGUUGUUGUCUAUGAAGUUUCAUCUGAUGUAGCAAUGGUCAGAGCUGCUGGGUCAUUCUCGUGUGACUCCCAAUCAGUUGUUGCAUAUGAUCAAAGUGUCUACACUAUUGAACCAGGGAAAAUACAAGUGCGCAAUUUUCAGGGAACUGUGAAGCAAGUUCUUGCAUUUCAUGAGUCUGAGGGAGAUCCAAUUAUGAUAAAUAUUUGUGCCUCAUACUUGGUUUCUGCAACGAACUUAGGCUACUUAAAAAUGUGGGAUCUUUCCAGAAGAGAGGCCAAACAACAUGGUCCAGUGAAACAUUUUGAUACGGCCGUUGUUGGGAUUGGAAAAAUCAAGUCUGCAAAAAUCAAUUGUUCUGGCAGCAAAGUUUGUGUCACUUGCGAGAAGAGCGAAGGUGUUGUUGAUCCAAGAUUAUUUGUGUGGGAUGUUGAGCUUGAUCUUCUGCAGACCUUCGACUUCAGUACUGGUCGUAAUGAUCAAGAAGUUGAGGGCUCAGAGCAGUCGUUUGAAUUAAGCGGAAGAUGUCCUGAUAUUCAGUACUGGGAUCAUGAUGAACCAAAGCUUCUGGUUUGUAAGGCUGUUUUAUCUUCUGGUGCAGCUGAUCAGGAUAACAGAAAGAAUAGUGAUCAGGUUUUGCCUGAUGCCGUGAUUGUGACGUUAUUCAGUACUCCUGAGAAUGGAAUUAUAUUAUUGGAUCAAUUUGUCGAGGAAGACAACUAUACAGGAUUUUUGGGCGUUCAAGUACCUUACUUAUAUUUUUCAAUAAAGAAAAGCGAAGUUCUGGAAGAGAAGAAAAGAAUUGGAGGCGCUGUUCUUCCUCUGGGUUCACAGCGAGUAACAACAAGACGAACAAUGAGAGGUUUUGUUGGACUUGAAGAUGGAAGCAAUGAAGCUAAACAGGCCAUGUUGAAUUUUACUUAUUUAUCUGCAAUCGGGAACAUGGAUGAGGCUUUCAAAGCGAUUAAACUUAUAAAAAGCGAGUCCGUUUGGGAGAACAUGGCAAGAAUGUGUGUAAAGACGAAGAGGCUUGAUGUCGCUUCUGUGUGUCUGGGAAAUAUGAAGAACGCAAGAGCAGCCAGAGCUUUAAGAAGAGCGAUGAAGGAACCAGAACAUGACGCACGCGUUGCUAUUCUUGCUGUUCACUUGAAUUUAUUGGAUGAAGCGGAGAGAUUAUACAAAUCAUCCAAGCGUUAUGAUCUCUUGAAUAAAUUCUAUCAAGCUCGAAACGAGUGGACGAAGGCAAUCGAAAUUGCUGAGCUUCAUGAUCGAGUUCACUUAAGAACGACGUACUACAACUUCGCUAAAUUCCUGGAAAUGUCCGGCAACGUUCAAGGGGCAAUUGCGAAUUAUGAAAAGUCAGACACGUUCAGAUUUGAAGUUCCCAGAAUGCUUUUAGACAACCCGAACCAACUGGAGAAUUACAUCAUGAAGACGAAGGACAAAUCUCUUCGUAAGUGGUGGGCUCAAUAUAUGGAGAGCAAUAGUGAAAUGGACGUUGCUUUGAAAUAUUACGAGGCUGCAAAUGAUAUUUUAUCUCUUGUCAGAGUUUAUUGUUUCUGUGGUAAUAUUGAGAAGGCAGCUGAAAUUUGCAACGAGACUGGCGAUAGAGCAGCAAGUUAUCAUUUAGCAAGACAGUUUGAGAACCAGGAUAAUAUCAAAGAUGCAAUUCAUUUCUACACCCGGGCGCAGUGUUUUAGCAACGCAAUACGCUUAGCAAAGGAUAAUGUGAUGGAUAGUGAAUUAAUAAAUCUGGCCUUGCUUAGCAAGCCUCAAGACAUGAUUGAUGUUGCUAGAUAUUACGAAAGCAAUUCUAACAUGUUAGACAAAGCGGUGAUUCUCUAUCACAAGGCGGGUGAGGUGUCUAAAGCUCUGGACCUGUGUUUUAAAACAGAACAAUUCUCAGCAUUGCAAAUGAUUGCUGAAGAUCUCACUGAAAACACGGACCCUGAAAUGUUGGCGCGAUGUUCUGAAUUCUUCAUGGAACAUGGGCAGUAUGACCGAGCCGUUGAACUGGCGGUUCUUGGGAAAAAGUACGUUGAAGCCAUGGAUCUUUGUCUUUCUCAUAACGUGAUGAUAACUGAAGAACUUGCUGAGAAAAUGACUUUAUCAAAAGACAGCAACAAUACCGAAUUACGAAAUAAGAUCUUAGAAAGGAUUGCUGAGUGUUGUAUGCAGCAAGGAUCGUAUCAUUUGGCUACUAAGAAAUUCACUCAAGCUGGGAAUAGAAUAAAGGCGAUGAAAGCACUUCUCAAAUCAGGGGACACAGAGAAAAUCGUCUUUUUUGCCGGAGUAUCAAGACAACGUGAGAUCUACGUGAUGGCUGCUAACUAUCUUCAGUCUCUUGACUGGAGAAAGGAUCCUGACAUUAUGAAAAAUAUAAUUGGUUUCUACACGAAAGGCCGGGCUCUCGAUUCUUUAUCAAGUUUUUAUGACGCGUGUGCACAGGUUGAAAUCGAUGAAUACCAGAACUACGAGAAGGCAGUCGGGGCGUUAUCAGAGUCUUAUAAAUGUCUUGGAAAGGCAAAAUUAAAGAAUGCUUCAAGUCAAGAAGAGAAAAUGGCGUUUAUUAAACAAAGAAUUGGUUUCAUCAAGAAAUUUGUUCAGGCCAAGAGAUCGUAUGAAGAUGAUGCUGAAGAAGCGAUUAGGCAAUGUCAGAUAUUAUUAGAAGAACCUGAUAUUGAGACUGCUGUAAGAAUAGGAGAUGUAUAUGGAAUCAUGAUCGAGCAUUUAGCAAGACAACAGAGUCACUCUAAGGCGUAUUCAUUGGUUCAAGAACUACGACAGCGCGUUCAGAACGUAAAUAUUUCUUUCUACGUGAACAUUAGAACUAUCGAAGAAAUAUACAAAGCCUUGGACAUUCCCAUGGAAGGCAGUUUGGGAAAGCAGGUUAUAACUAACGAGGGAGAAAGUGAAGAUGAAGGAGAAAUUUUAGAUGAAGCUGUGGAAGAAGAUUUUCCAAAUGGCUUUCAUUAAAACAAGUUCUAUGUACAUAUCAAUAAAACUAUGUUCUAUUAACUGGUAUAACCAUGCUAUACUAGUAUAUAUUAUAUAUUUAAAAC